CUUAGAAUGUUAUCGAGUUGCAAUGCCAUAUAUUGAAAUUAUAUUUGGAUGCGUUGUUCAUCUCUGGAUUCCUGUUUGAGAAUAGUGGUGCCUCACCCCUUAUGUUGUUGUAGCUCCAGUAAAGCAAACUUUCAGCAUUACCUGUGGUGUAUAUACAGAAAAAUGGAUACGUCUCCAGCAAAAUGCUUCAAACUGUUCACAUACGUCAGUCAUGACUUAUCCUCGUCACACUAUGAAAUCAUCUGAUCACUAAGUCAAAAAUUUGUAUUAUUUGAAACUGAAAUAUGACAUAAACAGCCAUCAAUUAAUGAACAAUUUUAAGUACCGGUAAUUAUAUUGAUUUGAUUGAAUGAUCAAUUUUUACAAGAAUGCAAACUUAAGAUCUACCUAAAGUGUGUAGAUAAUGGUCCUCUCUACAAACAUUCUAGAGUUUUUCAAGCAUAAUAUGAAAUUAAAUAGCAAUUUUUUCAAAUUUUUAACUUUCAGACUUGAGAAGUCAUUUGUCACAUCAGAUUUUCAAAACUUAAUGAUUUACUAAAGCUUGUAGUCUUAUGCUUUCAUUGUGACACAACAUUAGUCAGAAAAAAUAAGCUUACACCAUUGUGAUGUCAUAAAGCCAGCUAACAUCUUUUAUUGAAUUAAUCAACUUUCAGGAUGUAGAUCCAAUUUUCUUGUGCAAAUUUGAUGCAUGCAUGUUUGUGUUAGGAUUUGAGAAGUCUGAAAAUCUUUUUCAUCUAAUGUAAGUGUCCAUCCACAUUGUAUUCUUAAGGGUGCAGUGUCCCUCUGUAAAGUAGUUGUUCAUAUGGUUGUAACCCGGAUCUCAAAAUUGUAUUUUAGAGCUUCCUAUUGAGGAUGCUUUUUCAUAAUAAUACGGGAUAAACUUUUAUUUGUUAUCACUAAACUUGAUGGUCAGAUAUCAAUGCAAGAUAAAUUCUUAUGGUAAAGAUCUGAAAACAAGAUAAGAUGCUCACUGAAAAUGGGAUGCUAAUUCGAACAAGUUCUAUAGGCUAGCUACCAUGUUUUUUUUUAGCAUGUAUUUUAAUUUAUGUCACAAUUGCCUUGAAUAUAUCGAAUGUAAGCAAUUUGACUUGCCUCUAGAUCAGGGGUGUCCUAAAACUUAUCUCUGAUAUAAAGAUUUAAUAUAUUAGCAAAAAAAAAUUCUUAAUGAAAAUGUAGUACAGGAUCAAUAUUAAUCUCAUUAUGCAACAGAAUUACUGAUGUUCGAAUAUUUGAAAUCUUACUGUCAUCUUUAAUUAUGGCUGGACAUAAACCCUUAUGGGUGUUACAGCCAAGCUAUGAAAAUAAAGACAAGUUUCAUAUCAGCCAUUCAAAAAAAAACUUCCAUAUCUGGAUUCUGAGACCAAAUUAAUUUAUUUAUUAUUGUGUUUUUGAAUAGCUGGAAUAUCACACAUGCUUGACCGAAGGUGCAUUGCAGCUGAAUUAUGAAAAUAAAAAUAAGUUUCAUCUCAGCCAUUCGAAAAAAGCAAUCUCAUGUUGGCAUAAAUUUGGUCUCAGACUUAUAUUUUAACUUCAUGAAUUUUAACACUACUCGACUUCGAAUGUUUAACUAGACUCGUACUAGAUUCUUCACCAAGUCUUUCAUUUUGAUUUUAUAGAACAUACAACAUAGUCUAUUUGCCAUGCAACAUUAGUCCUAUUUUUUACAUGAAUUAAGGAUUGUCAUGCUUAGUAUAGCAAACAUACCAGUCACAAUGAGUAAUACCCAAACUGAUGAUCAGCUUCCUCCUAAUGAGGAGAUUCUCGAGGAUGGAGAGAUUGAUGACGAGGAUGAAAUUGUGACAGAGGAAACAGUAGUAGAAGAUGAAGAUAGCUCAACAGUAGUGGCGGACAAAAACUCUGUAGAUUCUUCAUUAUAUCCAAAUCAUGAUAAUCAAGCCCUAAUGAUGGGGGAUAGUGCAUCCCAUGAACAGAAUGAAAAUGAUGACGAUGAUUCUGAGGAGGGCCAUAAAAGUCGCUCUCAUAAAAAGCACCAACGUAAAAGAAAGAAACAUCGCGAUUCUAGAGAAAAAGAAUUGAAGGCAUUAGAAAAGAAGGAAAGACGUAGAAAACGAAAGAUGCAUUCACAUGAUGACAGAGCAGAAUCAAAAGAACGAGGAGGUUCCACGAGUCCACAUAGUAGAAAGAAGCGAAAACGUAAGAAGCAUUCUCGAGAUCAGAGGGAUAGAGACAGCACAACACCUGAAAAUAAUAUAUCUGAGGAGGAAUAUCCUCAACAACAAACUACAUAUACAAACAGUUAUGAUGAUGUGUAUUCUGCAGAUCCAAAGGCAUAUCCUCCAUCCAUUUCUCAUUUAUACACCAAGACACAAAGCAGUGAUAAAGGGGAUAAUAACGCAUAUUAUUCUUCAACAAAUAACCAAACUACAGACUAUCAAAACGAUGCAAAGUAUGAAUCGUAUUCCGAAUCUGGUAGUGAUUUUGAAGCCCAAUUAGCGGAAUAUCAAAACUAUAAAACCAAUGGUAGUACAGGAGAUGGUUACUACAAUGGUACAUAUGAAUCUGAUGGAAAAUAUAGCAAACAACAGAAAAGACGAACUGAUGGAAGUGAACGUUCAUCAAAAAAGUCCAACAGAUCAUCAAAUGCAGAGUCAAGACCACACCAAACCGAAAUGUAUGAAGAGUUCAUGGAUUAUGAUGAAAAUCCGUCCAGACCAUGUAAAUUCUUUGCUGAAGGAAAUUGUUUGAAGGGUGACGAAUGUGCAUUCAGUCAUGAUGGUGUCCCAAAUCGUGCUCGUCGAUCAAGAUUGAAGAGAUUGGAAUUAUGCAAAUAUUACCUUGCUGGGCAUUGUCAUCAUGGAGACAGAUGUACAUACAUGCAUCAAGAAUACCCUUGCAAGUAUUUUCAUACUGGUGCUACAUGUUACGCUGCUGACAAAUGCCGAUUUUCUCAUGAGCCUGCAAACGAAGAUACAAAAGAAAUAAUAGAAAAUCUGAAAGAUGUUCUUGGUGGUGUAGAUGAUUCGUGGGAAAUCAGUGAACUUGCUAAAGUAGGAUUGAAAGCUUUUGACAAGCCUCCUCCAGGAGUGGGUCUGCUUCCAACCCCAGAUAUGCCACCUUCCGUUUCUGCAAACGCAAACAACACUCCAAAUGCCAUCCCAUCAAUAUUUGACAUUUCCGUUGAACCAACAGCAAAUCUUCAAAAAAGAAUUGAUGAAAAAAUUGAAACAAGAAUUCAAGAUUUUGACACAGCAUGUAUUUUGCUGCAGUUGAGUUCUGUAACGUCAUUAGCAAUGUGUGAUGUAUCUGGUCCGAAGAAUGGAACAAUUCCACCACAACCUAUUCCCUUCUAUCCACCCUAUCAGUAUCAAGAAGAACAGCAAAAUAUGCCGAUGCAAAGUGGACCACCUUAUCCGCUUCCAGGACUGAUGGAGCAUAUGCAAAACCCUUAUGUUCAACAGCAAGAUCAACAGAAUAACAAUGAUUUUCACAACAAUCAAAAUGAAUAUCAACAGCACGUGGACACCAGUAAUACUGAUUACAAUGAAGAGAAACAAGAAAAUGAAUUUUAUCAAACGAAUGAUGAAUUUACCAGAACGGAUAUGCCGAAUAAUAACUUGUCAAAUACAGAGUCUGAAGAUGCAGAAAUCAAAGCACCAGAUUUUCUACCUGCAACGCAAAAAGCUUUAUUCAUGAGAAUCCAUCAUGGCAAAAUGCAAGCUGAUUCCGAUAAAAGACCAGAUGAGGAAAAUUCAAAAAAUAAAGAAUCUGAUGGCUGGACAUACUCAAGUGAUGAGGAUGAAGAUAAGACUUCUUUACCUGAUUCUGGCAUUAUAAAAAUUGACAGUGGACCAUCUCAAGCAUCCACCAACUCAGAGCAAACAUCAUCUGUUGAUUCUAUCUUGAAAAUGAUUGCGAGCAAACAAGGAGGCAAUACUAGCCAUGUUGACACUAAUUUACUUUCUAAAGUUGCAAAAGUGAUUAACAUUACAACUACGAGUUCAGCUUCUUCUGCUGAAGUUUAUGAUCCUGCUUCAAGUAUUGCCACCUACAAUCCUGCCAAAGCGAAAGCAUCACCACAACGCACAAGUACUUCACAGUCAAGAGAAAGAAAAUCUAGUGAGUCUUCAAGCAUGAGUCCUGGUCAUGCAACUAAACCAAAAUCUCGUACUACACGGCGUCGUUUGUCAACACUAGAACUCACAAAAGAACCUGUCAUUAUUCCAUUGGUUACAAAACAAACUGGAGAUCAGUCUGUUCACUCUGCACAUCCAGAUCCAAGAAUGACAUUGAGUAAACUCAUUGGAGUCAAAUUAUCCAUAUAUUCGGCACAUUUACCCCGUUUUAGCAAGGAUUUGAUUCUGCCAGGUUCAGGGAAAAUGAUCGGACUUAAAGUUACACUGUCAACAGAUGAAGCAAAACCAUCAAAACGUGAUCCCCGUUUAGGACGACACAAAGAUCCACGACUACGCCGGUCCGGCGAUUCCAAAUCCAAAAAUCAUCACAGUUCAUUAAAAACUUCAAUGACCAGCCCACCAAGAUUAGAGAUUAAAUCUUCUAUUCCUUCAAAACCUUCAGCUCUUCUUACAAAAUCAUCAACUGUCAUUCCAAGCCUUCCUGAGCUUGAUUUAAAUUUAGCUCCGAUGAAUAACCAAACAAAGCAGGUUGAUAAUGUAUCGCAUAACAUUACAAAUUCUCCUGCCAAAGACUCUCCCUCUAUGCCUAAUCUUAGAUUACCAAGAUUGAUGAAAGCACCCAUUUCAGCCUCCUCACCUAAGCAGGGUGCAUCACCUGCAAGAGAAAACAUAACGGCAGCACCAGCUAUAGCACCUUACGAUCCUCGAUAUAUGUCAUCUGGCAGUGCAACAACAGGUACAGAAAGAUCAAUGAAUUCUGCACCAUAUGACCCAAGAAAUAUCUCUGGCCAAUCUUCUUUACCUGCUGGAAUGGAAUUGAAGAAAAGAACAAUACAGUUGCCAAAACUUACUCCAGCGCCAUCGUACCAAGCCACUGAAAUGAACAAUAAAAAUAUGGCAGAUACGCAAGAAGAUUUUGAAGACUAAAAAUGACGUAUUUGUGAGCAGUUUCUAAGCUGCAUUAAUAUUCAUCACUGCGGUUUCAUAUAUUUUAUACAAAACUAUUGAUUGUACUGGAGUUUUUUCUCCAUAUUUUUUGUUGAUUACUUUUUCAAUAAAAGACAAUAAAACGUGCUAAAUAUGGUA